GCCGCCCUCCUCCCCGCCCCCUUCUCCGUGAAUUGACGUUUCGCUCUCAGCUUUCGGGGAACAGAGGCGUGGCGCUCAGGCCCGGCCGAGGGGCGCGUAACUCUGCAGGCUUCACUGCGCUUUGGGAUCUUUUUGGUUACCGCGUUCUCGCACGUGUCGAGGGCAAGUAUAAAACGCGAGCGGUGGCAGGUGUUGUCCAUGCUGCCCGACCAUCCGUCACCAGGCACCGCAGUCCAGAGAGUGGAUCCAGCGUGCUCCGAUGGGACCGGAGACCCCAGCCCAAGCACAGCGGGAGGCGCAGGCGGCCCGCUGGAAGCUUUGAACCAGGUGCGGAGGCGGGUUUCUCCGCAGCCGCGGCUGCAAGAGAAGAAUCUGUCUAGAGUUGAAAUUAGACUUGAAUUUUCCUGAGACUGAUUGCAAGUUAGUGACUUCUGCCUUGAAUCUGUUUUUCUGUUCAGGAGUCUACUUUAGGAGUGCUCAAGUUCUGACAGAAUGAUGUGAACACCUUCUUCUGUUUCUUGAUAAGCGCCAGAAUAGCAGCUUCUUCACGGGCACGGAAACUUGCAGUUGCAUUCAAUGCCUAACAUUGCAGAAACAGAAAGGCCCAAUGAUGCUGAAGAUGGUGGGCCCAGGCCGGAGAGGAAAUCCCCAGAAGAGAGUCUCCAAGGUGCUGUAAGAUCUUUCUGUGCCAGUGCCGCCGGGGCACCUGUGGGUCCCAAAGGAGAUGGCCAUUACCCUUGGAGCUGUCCCGUGACUCACACACGGGAGAAAAUCUAUGCCAUCUGCUCCGAUUAUGCCUUUCUCAACCAGGCAACCUCCAUCUUUAAAACUCCGAAUCCAACCCGCGCGUCCUGCCUCGCGGACAGUACCUCUUUGUCUGCCAGAAAUAACUCAUCAAGAUAUGUGGGCAUCUCAACGAGCGCUUCUGAAGUGAAAUAUAAUGAAGAGAAUAGCCUGGAAAAUUUAUCCAAUAGCUUGGAUAAGCUACCUCUUGCAUGGGAAAUUGAUAAAUCUGAGUUUGAUGGGGUGACCACAAAUUUGAAACACAAAUCAGGCAAUGCAAAGAAACAAAUUUCUAAGAAAAAAACUUCGGAUAAGAAGGGCAGACAUCAGAGGGAGUGUGUUCAGCAUUCUCCUCUUGAAGAUAUUAAGGAGAGGAAAGUGUUAGACCUCAGACGAUGGUAUUGUAUAAGCCGACCACAAUAUAAAACUUCUUGUGGUAUCUCUUCAUUAAUUUCUUGUUGGAAUUUCUUAUAUAGCACAAUGGGAGCUGGAAAUCUUCCUCCUAUUACCCAAGAAGAUGCUCUGCAUAUUUUGGGCUUUCAGCCUCCAUUUGAAGAUAUUAGGUUUGGUCCUUUCACUGGAAACACAACACUUAUGAGGUGGUUUAGACAAAUUAAUGACCAUUUCCAUGUAAAAGGAUGUUCGUACGUUCUGUAUAAGCCUCAUGGGAAGAACAAAACUGCUGGAGAAACGGCUGCAGGGGCCUUGUCAAAGUUAAUGCAUGGGUUGAAGGAUGAAUCUCUAGCUUACAUUUAUCAUUGCCAGAAUCACUAUUUUUGUCCAAUUGGCUUCGAAGCAACUCCUGUUAAACCUAGCAAAGCAUUCAGCAGGGGUCCUCUCUCAUCACAAGAAGUGGAGUACUGGAUUUUAAUUGGAGAGUCAAGUAGAAAACAUCCUGCCAUUCAUUGUAAAAAAUGGGCUGAUAUUGUUACUGAUCUAAACACUCAAAAUCCAGAAUACUUAGAUAUCCGGCACCUAGAGAGAGGGCUGCAGUAUCGAAAAACAAAGAAGGUUGGGGGAAAUCUGCAUUGCAUCAUAGCAUUUCAGAGACUUAACUGGCAAAGGUUUGGUCUUUGGAACUUUCCGUUUGGAAACAUAAGACAAGAAUCACAAGCUCCAGCACAUGCCCAGGGAAUUGCCAAAUCUGAGAGUGAAGACAACAUCUCCAAGAAGCACCAUGGGCGUCUGGGUCGAUCCUUCAGUGCCGGUUUCCAGCAGGACUCGUUGACAUGGAAAAAGAUGUCGAGCAUCCAUGAGAGACGGAACAGUGGCUACCAGGGCUACAGUGAUUACGAUGGGAAUGACUGAGUUUGCUGGACACUGACAGCUGGUGUUGUACACGUACUGGCCAGGACUGUGUGAAAGUAGAAGACUUUAUCACGUUUACAUGACAUAGAAACAGAUGUUGUGGUACAAACCAUAAGCUUAUAGUUAGAUCUCCAGUAUAUAAUCUUGUAUUUGACUGUGAUGGGCGAUUUCAGACACAUCACCCGAGAAGCACAGAUUAUUAUCCUAUUAAAGUUAAGAAUAUAGGAUUAAUCCAGACAGACAUUUUCACAAAAUCCAACAAAAUUAUAACUGCUCUGCAAACAAAUCAAAGUGAUCUUAACAGCAUAAAACUGCAUACUGAGAAGCUUGAAGUGAUUUCUAAUAACUUGAUCCUUAGAUAUUUGCUAAAGAGAAUUUUAUUCCUAAGAUCAAGCUUUAAGUCUCCAUCUAUUGUUAAAUAAACGGGGACUUUGGAGUUCUAGUUUUUGCUCACAUUUAAAGCUCAUUUAAAAUUACUGAACCUAGUAGUUCUUUUGCCUCUUUCAGUAUCUCUCUGCCUCAUUUGUUUCCUGAUGAAUUUUCUCAGGAAUUUUGAUGGAGGGGCAAAAGAGAAAACACUCAAGAAAUUCAUGUUUUUUUUCCCCUAUCUGUGCAAGUGUAUAACUUAUUUCAUUGAUUCAGAUAUUCUAGACUUGAGAUUGACAGAAAUCAUGGGUGUUGAAAGCUUUGUCUAAAAUUAUCUUUUGUUUUAGAGAUUAAGAGCAAGUGAUACCUAUUGUCUCUAUUCCCAGUGUAAUCUGUGAAGCCAGAUCUUUUGCGACUUGACUAGUCCUUCACUAUGGAGUCCUAUGUGACAGGUGCAUUGAGGAUACGUUAGGAAUGCAGAAGGUCACUCAUGGGACACUGUCC